AAACUGCAGAUGCAGGAAAAUGAAACAUGCAGAUUCUGUCAACAGAGAGUUUACCCAAUGGAAUGCCUAGUUGCCGACAAGCAGAAUUUUCAUAAAUCAUGUUUCCGAUGUCACCACUGUGGCAGUCAAUUAAGCUUGGGAAAUUACGCCUCUCUCCAUGGAAAAAUAUAUUGUAAACCCCAUUUUAAGCAACUUUUCAAAUCAAAAGGAAAUUAUGAUGAAGGUUUUGGACACAAGCAGCAUAAAGAACUAUGGAAUUGUAAAGAUCAGUGUAGCUCAGUUGGCAAUAUUCAUGCUGAAGAAACAAAUCCCAUUAAUAGUCUACCUGUUGAUCCGAAACCAAUUACAGAAAUUGAUCAAGACUUGUACUCGGGUACUGAAGGUAUUCAUCCUGAUGUUUUGGAUAAUAAUUUGAAAAAAUCCACAGAAAGAGGUAAAUUAAAGAUGACAUGGCCACCUUCAACAGAUGAUGCAACACCUAAGAAAACAUUUUCUAUUGAAGAAGUGGCUAAAGUAACUAAGCCAAAGUGGCCCCCAGAAGGUUUUGCUCAAGAAGGUUCUAGUUUACAUACAAAUAAACCUCUGGGCAACAAAAAGGAUCCUCAGGAAAAAAAUGCCAUGAGAGAGCAAAAUAAAAAUGACGCUGCAAAUGCACAACAAAAUCAACACUCAUCCUUUAGCUCUCUGUCUGAAAAAGAAGCUACAAAUAUCUGUAAAGCGAAGAAAAAUGAAGCAGGCAACAACGGAAAAGAUGAGGAAGCUGGGAAUGUGCAAGAUAAGCUGAAUAAAACAGGAGGAUCACAGAAUAGGGAGGAAAGUGGAAAGGAUAUUAAUGAAGGUGAUAAUGUGAUUGCGCAUAGCGCUGGGAAGGAGCGAGAGAAAAAAAUUAAUGGAACUGAUGAUUCAGAAGUUGUACAGGUUACUAACAUUGAUGAUAACACACAAAAGAAUCACAAAGAAUUCAGCUGGAAUAACAAUAACAAUUAUGCCACUUUUUCACAUCUAAACAUUUGUAGGCAGGAAACAACUCGCAGCUAUAACUCGGAAGAUGAAGAUGCUGUUACCUCUAAUAGUCUUGCUCAAUUUAAUAAAGAUGCCACUUUUCAGAAGUCUCAUACUAAUAGCACAUUAGUUUUAAAGGAGGCAACUAACAGAACAUUCCCAGUUGAUACUGAGUUGGUAUGCAUUGGAGAAGAAUCAAAACAUGACAAAAAUUUAAAUACUAUUUUAUCUGACACUCUGAAAACAUCUUUUCUUAAAAAAGACAACCUGGUUUUAGACUGUGGUCUAAUAGACUCCGUAGACAUAACUAAAAAGUCCUGCAGCCCAUAUUCAAAAGAACAUGGGAAUUAUGAUACAGAACUGAAUGAUACUAACGCCUGUCAAGAAAGUGAAAUACUCAAGGUGUCAAAGAAUGACAUAAACACAAGCUUAGGUUUACUGAGCUCAAGAUAUACAGCUGCUCCAUCAUUCCAAGGAGAGAAAGUCAAGUUCAAACAGCUCACU